CCUUGAAAAUGUUAUAAGGCACCAAGUCACCUGCUAAGCGACUGAGUGAAGAAUGAGGAUUGAGGUCGAUCGAGGAAGAUUGCAAAAUCUUGAAAUGAAGUCUCUUGUGUUUCUUCCUUCUUCCUUUCACGUGUGUUUGUCAACCAAACUGAGUACUAAGGUUUGUCGGUCAAACUGGUUCCCACAAACAACCUCAAUUAUUAUUAUACAAUAAAGAAAAAAUCAUAAAUUGAUUAAUAAAUCACAAAAAGGUUGAAAUUGAAGAAAAGAAAGAGUAGUGUUUGGUUGAGUCUGCGGUUGCAUAUAAAAACAGAAUCUUUUUUCAAGAGACUAGAGCUUCAAAUUUCUGGAAGAUUAUGGAGCUUUGUUUGAGCUUAGGAGGUCAUGAGGAACCUGCAGAGCGAUCAGAUCAGAACACCACCACCACCACUAAAACGACAGAGUUUUGCAUGAGCUUAUCAAUCGGUCCAAGCUGUGCUGCUGGUACUACUAGUACUCCUCAUCGUCCUCCAAGACAUGAAGCAGCUGCAGCAGAUAAAAAACAAGAUGAUGAUGAUGGUGAUCAUAUUCAUGUAGAUGAUCGUGUACCACUUCAACUUGAUCUUCUCCUUUGGCCUACUUCUCCUUGUAAUCGGAUUCAAAACGCUGGUGUGCUGUCCAUGAACGUGAUCAACAGAGUUGAGGAAGUGGUGGCUGCUGCGUCGUCAACGCACACGAACAGUGGUUCGUCGUCGUUUCAGAUCAUGGAUAUCGGCAGUAAUAAUCACAGCAAGGGCAGUGCAGGUGAUGAUCUGAAUAAUAAUUACCACAACGUCUACAACUACAAGAGGAGGGCUCACUCUGCAGAAGCAGGAGAUGAUGAGGGAGAAAGGGCAUCUAAUUCCAGGGUGGGCAGCGAUGAGGAGGAGGACGACAUUAUCAAUGGUAACACUAACACCUCUAGAAAGAAGCUCAGGCUCUCCAAGGAACAAUCUGCUUUUCUUGAAGAAAGUUUCAAAGAACACCAUACUCUCAAUCCUAAGCAAAAGCUGGCACUGGCGAAACAGCUUAGUCUUCGUCCAAGACAAGUUGAAGUUUGGUUUCAGAAUAAAAGAGCAAGGACAAAGUUGAAGCAAACGGAGGUUGACUGUGAGUUCCUGAAGAGAUGUUGUGAGACACUGACGGAAGAGAACAGAAGGCUAAACAAAGAGCUACAAGAGUUGAGGGCUUUGAAGGCUACUCAUCACUCAAACCCAUUCUCCAUGCAAUCACCAGCCACCACCCUCACCAUGUGUCCUUCCUGCGAGCGCACAGCCACCACCGCUAACCCCGCCAGCAAAACCACCAACAAUACUAAUAACAAUAAUAAUAAUAAAGUUGAGUCAACUAGUGCUACAAAAGUCCAAGCAGCUAAAUUCCCUCCCAAAAGACCCAGCUUCUAUCCAUUUUUUCAACCCAAAUCCCACCCCUCUUCCGCAGCUUCAUGAAUACUACCAAAGCUUCCUUCCAAAUAGGAUUACAUUUAUUUGGUGGGCAUGUACAUUACAUAUAUACGUAUAGAAAGAAAAAAUAAGCAUUAGGAAAGUAAACGGUUCAUAGUUUUCUUUCUGGGGGUUUGUUCUGUUUCAUUCAGGUUAUGCCUUGAUGGGAUUUAUAGAAUUGGGUUUCUUUUUUUCCUUUAUUUUCUCCCUCUUUUCCCCUUUCUGAAGCCCCAACAGUUUAUUUGUUUUCCACUUUUCUAUUGAUAGAGAAAUAGAAUUAAGAAGGAAACAUAGUUAAGAAAUUCAAGAAAUUACGAAAAAGUCGGGGUGUGUAUUAUAUAAUAAACAAGAGUUGUUGGAUUUUGAUUUGUCAAGCAUGCAUGCUUUGAAAGGUUAUCUUU